CUUAUUACUCGGCCCAUAUAUGCUUUUCAGAGCAAGAUAAUUUAUGAGACCAGAAUUCUUUCUCCAUGGGAAGGCUUUAUUAUUGAUGCCUGUGAGUACCAGCGACCCCGGCAUCGUUUCCGAUUCGUUUCGUCUUUGUAAGUUCAGCCUCGUCAUUUCGGACACUCUCGUCCCAGCCUCGUCACCAAGUAUUGCGCUUGAUGCCUCCCGACAUUUGAGCCCGUGAGUCUGUCUUGAGUCUGCAGGAGGCAUACGUGUUGGCUUUACAUGUCUACAUCGAACGGCAACGCCUCUCCUUCAUCCUCUCCACACAGGCAGAGGUACAAUGUCUUGCUCUUGCUGCACACCAGGUCUAUACGCCGAUGACUUCGAACCAUACAUCGACGCAAACAGACUUGCCCAGCUCUGCCGACUUGAUAAUAGCAAAACACGCUUCAAGAAGCCUAUGGUUAGACCCGAACAACAGGACUGUCGUUUGCAGAAGCUCCCUGUCGAAGUCUAUCACAACUGUCUCCAGUUUCUCGAUGUUGGCACCUUGACUUCGAUGCGUGCAGUUUCUCAAUACACAAGAUCUAGCAUCGACUCUCUUCACCACUACAAAGAGCUCUACAAGUACGCACCGCAAGCAUUACGGGCAUGUCUCAGCACGGCCAUGGCACCCCACAUUCCUCUCCUACGUCUCCACGAGGCUCUUACAACAAUGGAAUGCUAUUACUGCAAACAAUCUGAAACCUCCGAAUCCGUGUUCGGCGACUAUCUUUCCCUCUUCAAAUGCCGUCGUAUCUGCGCUUUCUGUGCCCGCAACUCCCCCCUCCUCAAGCCCGCCGAAUUAACACACCUCAUAAUGCUCUGUUCGCAGCGCAAAAGCUCCUUAUCCGCAUUUUCACUGUCCUCCAUACCACACCUAAAAACGCUCCCAGGCUCAUACUCCCCUACAUCCGGCGACCACCGCUCCCGAGUCCCAAGGACAACUCUCAUACUCGCCCUUUCCAUACCCCUCGAUCCCAACAAGCCACUCGCUGGAAGAGAAGCCCGCACCCUGACUAGCGGCUCCCUCUCGGACGAUACAAAGAUAUACCAUCACCCAUUCUGUCGGGAGGAGGAUGAAAGCGACAUCUCACCCUCAAUCGGCUAUACCUCCCCAGAAACAGAGCGUCUUGCAACCCUACGCUACACGACCGCCAUAUCCCUCCCCUACCUCACAUCCACAAAGAAACUAGAAACGGGGGUCCUAUGCGCAGAAUGUAAUCUCCGCAUGCGAUACAUGGAGCGGCUCUGGUUCGCUGAACAAAGACACAGACGGAUGACGGGAGGAAAUUUUAUUGCGAGCGCCCAACGCAGAGAUCGGAUAAAUGAGCUAAGGAAAACCGCUUCUAGGUCCUAUGUCGUGGAUACAGAUGGGAGGGAUGGCAAGGAUUUGAGUAUUCGCGAGCAUUAUAGGAUUGAACAUGGGAAGGAGUGGCAGGUGAGUCAACAGGAAGCGGAGUGGAGAGAACGGCAUAAGGGUCCGGCGUUACCUCUGUUGACGCAUGGGCACUUUUGGCAGCCUCCAAAACCUGCAAAGAAAGUGGUGGAGGCAAUGGCUGUCUCUGAGGAGAUGGAGACAUAGUUGCCCGUCCGUGCCGGAGUUAGGGGUGUCUUUUGAUUAGGUUAGCUUAGCAUGGUGUUCUGGGUAUACCAAGAAUACUCCUUUGGAAUUUGAGCGGAUGCAGGGACGACAUCUGCCAGGCGUUUCUAUGUCUGCGAAAGGCCUUAUUUCAUCAUUUUGAUAGUCGGAAUACGCACAUAAGCUAAAUUCGGGUGACCAAUUUCA